AUGAUUGGCGAAGAGGGCAUGCGGGAGUACAUUCUACGCUAUUUCGACGAUGGUGCGUGGUUGAGUUCUAAGUGGAUGGGCGACAUGAUGGAUACGAUUGCAGCCAACGUCUUUGGGAAAUUCGGGAAUGGUGUCACUUACAUGAACCAGGAAGCUUUCGAAAGCAAAGCGGCGCGCAUGUGGUAUGAUGAUAACUGCAUCGGACUUGGCUACGCCGAGAUUGGUGUUGAUAGCAAACUUAAGCAUUACACCAUCAGCGAUAGUGAAGCCGAAGACAUGAAGCACUGGAUCCGUGACUCCCGCGCCGCACUGAUCAAUGACUAG